AUGUCAUGGAGCACAUCAGAUAGAAGCUCCAGCAUCCAAGAAGAAGAGGGCACACGCUCUCUCCAGGCCUCAGUAGACACCAGAUCCUUGCUCAGAGAACUGCAGGAUGAAAAGGUGGCUGAUUUGUUGCAUUUCAUGGUCCUCAAAUAUCGACUGAAGGAGCCCUUCACAAAGGCAGAAAUGCUAAAGGUUGUCAGCAAAAAGUACAAAAACCAAUUUUCUGUGAUCUUCAAGAAAGCUUCUAAGCGCCUAGAGGUGAUCUCCGGCAUUGAUGUGAAGGAAGUGGACCCCAAAAUCCACUCCUAUGUCCUUGUCGACUCAUUAAACCUCACCCAUGAUGAGAUGCUUAGUGAUGACCAGAGCAUGCCUAAAAAUGGCCUCCUGGUAAUCAUCCUGGGUGUGAUUUUCGUAGAGGGCAACUGUGCCCCUGAGGAAAACAUCUGGGAUUUCUUGAAUAUGUUAGGCGUGUAUGCUGGGAGGAAGCACACCAUUUUGGGGGAGCCCAGGAAGCUCAUCACCAGAGAUUGGGUGCAGGAGAAUUAUUUGGAGUACCGGAAGGUGCCUAAUAGUGAUCCUCCACGGUACGAAUUCCUGUGGGGUCCAAGGGCCUAUGCUGAAACCAGCAAGCUGAAAGUUCUGGAAUUUUUGGCCAAGAUCAAAGGAACUGACCCCAUUUCCUUCUCAUACUGGUAUGAGGAGGCUUUAAGAGAUGACGAAGAGAGUCGGGGCCACAGUUGGCCCCUUGGAUAG